AUGGCCCCACGACAAUCAAAACAAGCUAAAAGAAAUAAAACUCAAAAUAAGACAAGAGAAAAUGAAUCAGAGGUAUACUCUGAUUCUCAUGCAAGAAAUUUAUUAGCAGAUCAACCAAAAUUAACCCCAAAAUCAAAAGUUAAGAAACCAUCAAAAUUACAAGUCAAAAAACAACAAGCUAAAAUAAGACUAUAUGGGGCUAAAAAUGGUAAAGAAUAUAAAGAAGAACAAUUAAAUAUACCCGAUUUGAAUAGAGCAAUAGUACCUGGAGUAAAAGCCAAACGUGGGAAAAAAGGUAAAAAAUUCGUUGAUGAUAAUGAUUCAUUAACGAUGAAUAGAUUAGUUAAAAGUAUAAAUGAUAAAUAUGAUCAAGUAAAUGAAAGUAAAUUAGAAAAAUCAAGAAGAUUAGAAGAAAUACGAGAUUUGAAAAGACAAGAAAUUGAGAGAAAAGAACAACAAAAGAAAGAUAAAUUAGAUGGUAAAAAGGAUGAAUUAAGAAGUAAAGCAUCAGUUGCAAGAGCUAAUAGAAGAAAAAGUGCAAAAGCAAGAAAAUUUGAGGAAGAAAAUGAAGAUUCUUCAAAACCUAAAAGGAAGAAAGUUUCAUUUGCCUAA